AUGGCGCCCCAACCUGCUGAAGGCUUGCUCUCCUCCGAGGGGGGCCGAGUCCGCUCCGGAUCUGAGGGACAGCUGAGCAGGCCUGGCUCUCUCCCCCCACACAGCUUCUUCCCCGUCGCCAAGCGGCUACGCCCGGAGCAAGUGGACGUGGAGACAGUUCUCGGAAUGGCUGAGCCGUGCGAAACUCAACGCUUGCCAGCGUGCAUGCCGUUGCGCACGGUGUCCCCGUUUUUAGCUGCCUCAAGUGCUCCCUGCGCGGAGGGACUGGAAAGCAAGAACAUCCGUGCGAUGCUCGUCGGGAACGGAUCUCUGUCGAGGUGUACCGGCUGUGACCUGGCGCGGGAAGAAAUUCAGACGCCCCGCAGCAAAGCGCAACGCGAGAGCUCGGUCCAGCGCAGCCCGAGCUGGAGCUGCCUCAAACGCCCUGCAGCCGACGAAGUUUUGGACCUCUCUGGCUGCGUUAAAGGCUCGAGUGCGCUUCACUCGCCUGCGACGGUCUCCUCGUCUCCGUCGCUGGACGCUUCGCAGCCCAGCCGCCUCGUUCUCCCCCUUCGAUCUGGAGAACGCUCGCGCGAGGUUCCCGGUCUUCCUUCCUGCGAAUCAGUGCAGGCGUGGUCUUCUCCCCGUCGCCAGGCCUCCCUUCUCCGGAAACGCAACCGACAAGCGAGUUGCUCCUCUCCAGGAGAAGGCCUGCGUGCGCCGCCUCCGCAGCGAGGAUGUGAACCUCAGACUCUCCUCGGGAGGACUCUCACGCUGCACGCGAUGGUCCCGUCGUUGCCCCUGGUGCGGGAUGCUGGUUUUCGUGGAGAUGGCGCGGAGGUGAACAUCGAGUCUCAGUGGUGUUUCCGCAACGAGGCUCACGGAGGCGUGGUGUGUCGUGAGAAGUCGGGCGGAGCCGCGCCGGAAGACUGUGAAGGCGCCUCGAUGCAGGAAGACUCUGAAAAGGAAAACACGCCAGUGGAAGGCGCGAAAGGCCGACAAAGGCGUGGCGAAUCAGAGGCGGAAGGAAAACUCGGCCCCAUCGCAAAGGCAAAGAGUCAGGGUCUGGCGGCGAGCCCGGAACUCGUGGAGUCACUCUCGCGCGCGUCCUCGGGGCCGCCUGGCGAUGAGACGCUCCUGCCCGAGCCCCUGUGGUCUGUCUUGAGGCAGGCGCCGACGCUCUGCUCGACAACCUCCCAGGACAGUCGUUCGCCGUGUUGUCGGUGCUGGGACGCGCGCGAGGCGCGUCUCCGCAAGUCGCCUUCUCUCUUCGAAGAGUGCGGGGCGUCGGACUGCAGUGCACGUCCCUCCGGGAAGAGAUGCUUUUCGCGCGAAAGCGUGACCGUUUGUCCUUCCUCCCACGCACUCGCGCCUUCCCCGGCGUUGUUCGCUGCCGGCCUGGAAGGCUCGGCCUCAAAGCGGUCGCCCGGUGGCGGUCCGGCUCGCCGAGGCUCUGCUGGCUGCUCCCACUCUGUGGGGCUGCCGAGCCCCUUCGCGAUGCGCCCGAGCGCUCACUGCAGCGCCCGCCGUCUCGGCUCGCCAUCGUCCCUCGCUCUCUCGCCCAACACCGUGCUCCUGGCGACGCCCUCCAACAAGGACAAGCUCGCCUGUCACGCGACGCGCUGCAGCUGCAGCAGCGCCAGCACCGCGGCGCCGUCCCCGCAGUUCGGCAGCGAGCGCAGUGAGAUUUCGGCGACUUCUGGCCGCGUCUUCUGCCCGGCGAGUCCCUUGGCAGGGACGGAGAGUGGACUCGACAGCUCGGGCCUCGGCCGCCUCGACUCCCAGAGCCUUCCGUCCGUAGACUGGUCCCCGUGCUUGUCGCCUGCGCGCGACCUCGAGCCGUUCUUGAGUGCACGCCAGCACUCGCCCCGCGCGUGGGGCGACGUGCUCACCUCGCCCCUCACAGGCCGGGCUCCGCCCGGCCUCGCGAUCGACGGGAAGCCGCGACUCGUUGUGCCUCUCGCCUCCCUCGGCCGUCUCGCACCCCGCGCGCUGGACGGCGCCCUGGCGCAGAGACAGAGCGGGCGGGGCGCGUCGGAGGUGUCCGCCGCGGAAGAGCGCGACACUGGAGGUCGGCCCGACCUCCAAGCGAAGGAGUCGCCUUCUUCCUGCCGCGCGGCGAAUCCGGAAGCGGAGAACCUGGACGAGUCCGAACGAAAGGGAAAGAGGUUCCUCGCGGUCUCUCUCGGCUCGCCCGAGACAACCCCUGCAAAGAGCUCGCCUCGCCUGGAGCUGCCGAUCCCUGCUCGGGUCUCGCGCGCCUCCCUCGAGGCGCACCCGCAGGGUUGUUGCUCCUCAUCGGAUGCUCGUGCGGCUGAACUCGCUCUGAAUCUCUCGGCGACGCCCGCGGCCUCGGCAGCAGCCCUCCCAGACGCUGAACCUGCAAGCGCAACCUCAGCCGCGUCUCCGGCGAGUCCAAACCCUGCCCCCGUCGCGGGUCAGGAGCCUCAGUGCUCGCGAAAGGGAUCGGCAGACGCCUCUGAGCUUCCAGAGACUCAAAUUGACUCCGCGGCUUCGCAGAGCACGAGUUGCUCCGAGUCCGCCACCGCGUCGCAGAACUCUUCCCGCACCGCAGUGUCGACCGGAGCCGCGGAAGAGUCUCAGGUGGCGGCGCCUGUCCCGGCUCGCCGCCCGCCGACGUGUCCCUUGCCGCUGUUUGGAGACUCUCGCGCGGUCGCCCGAGAGUCGCCCGAGAGUCGCCCGACGGUGUCUCCGCGGCCCGCGCCCCCGCUGCUGCCCGCGGCGCUGUGCCUCCCCAAGGCGGCCUACGAGGAGCCGGCAGACGUGGACCUCGUCCAGCGCCGAGUCGAGCUCGCAGCUGCAGCGAUCCAGCGCGCAGCGGCCGAGGCGAAGGCGGCUGCACGCGAAGCCGCCGCACGAGCAGCUGCGAUGGAGUCCGCUGCAGUAGCUGCCGCGGCGGCUCGAGACGCGGCUUCGAUGGCGGCUCGGCGCUCCGUGAGUCACCGGAAGAUGUUCACGGAGUAUCCUGACAUGACGCGGAACAUCCACGAAGAGUACAACUUGCACUGUGCGUCGCUGAGUGGAGAACAGAUGGAACAGAAGUCGCAACCCGACUCGCCCCAGACCCUCUCUGAGCAAAGUUCGACAGAGAGAGAUCUUUGGUGCGCGGGAGGCGACGACAUGAGCGACCGGGAGGAAUCUGGGAAAGCUGCCGUCGCUGAGGGCGGCCGAGACGCGGAACGGAAAACGGACACAGCACAUGAGAGCGAGAGGGAGGACACUGGUGCGCUCGAGGCGGCGGUUGAUGCGGGCGCAGAGAAGGCAGGAGACGCCGGGUGUGCACAGACUGCGCAGAGAAAGAAGCGCGCGGGUCACCUCGUGCUCGGCGAAGGACGUUUCGGGAAAGUCGUCCUCGCCGAGCAGCGAUCCAUGCAGCGCGCAGUGGCGGUGAAGAUGAUCGACAAGCGCAUGCUGCGGGGCGCAGACAUGGACGACCGCAACUUCCGACAAGAGGUCGAGAUGCACAGGCGCCUUCCGGUCCAUCGAAACAUCGUGAGCGUGCAUGACGUCUACGAAGAUCGCGAUACGCUCUACGUGGUGAUGGAGCUGUGCGAUCGUGCGAACCUUCUGGACAAGAUCAUUGAGGAAGGCCCGCUCGACGAGGACCUCGCGAGAAAAAUCUUUCUCCAGAUCCUCGCCGCAGUGAUGCACUGUCACCAACACAACGUCGUCCACCGGGAUCUGAAGCCGGAGAACAUCCUCUUUGCACUCCCAGGCGCUCCAGAUCCUGCGCGCGGCUCCGACUGCGGCGAGUGCUGCGAGGCCCCGCUGGCGGAGUUCGAUCGCCCCCUUGGGCCCGGAGACCGCCUCGGUUCGUUCUCAGCCGAGGUGGCCUCAACGGCGUGGCAAGACAGUCCGCUGUGUCAGCCUUGUCCCUCGAGUGGUUCGACGCCGCCGUUCUUUUCGCCUUCCUCGUCGUGCGCGCUCUCGCCCAACCUCCAGUGCUCUGCAGCAGCGCCUGCCUACCCGCCCCCGCUGCCGUGUGCGCCGGAUCGCGACGCCACGCUCGCAGGGGGUGCGAUGAGCGCCACGCUCCUGGGCAACCCACUCUGCCGCCAGCUUUCCAGUGGAAAGCUCGGAUGCAGUGCGUGCGACUUCCAGGAUGAAUUCCUGGGGAUGUUGCACUCCGGACACGGCGCCUCGCAGGGGUGCGGGGGCUCGUGCGGAGCCCGGCGCGAGGACUGUCGUCACUGUGGGGACGAGGGACUGUUCGACUGGGGCAUUCCUUGUGACGCGACCCAGGCGGGAUGCAGUCUCGGUCGCGGAGACAGAAAGGCCCGCGCGGAGUCCAGUCAGAAGCCGUGCUGCGGAUUUCGCAAACAGGCCGAGCGGCAAACUGAGGAGUGUGCGUUUGAGCAGAGAGCGUCUUCGCUCUGGGACGCGACCGUCAAGCUCACGGACUUUGGCGCGGCGUGCUCUGCAGCGAAGGGCGAACUCCUGGGCACUGCAUGCGGAACUGUUCACUACCUCGCCCCCGAAGUCUUGAUGGGGAACUACUACGAUGGGUUUACGAGCGAUGCGUGGAGCCUGGGCGUCAUCCUAUUCACCAUGCUCGCCGCUGCUCCGCCCUUCAACGACCCGACGCAUGCGCAGCUCACACGACAAAUCACGCGAGGAGAGUACCGCAUGGCUGGGCCUGCGUGGUGGAGUGUGUCAGCGGAGGCGAAGGACUUGGUCAGUCGCCUACUGGUAGUGAACCCGCAACAUCGGCUGCGCGUGGAAGAGGUUGCGCACCAUCCGUGGGUAGUUCGCGCAACUCCGGCAGCUCUCCCCUCAUUUUUUCUGGACAAUCCGCACUGUCUGUCGUCUCUGGCGGCGGCUGCGAAGGCCGUACCGAGACGGAGCGCCGUGUGCGCCUCGGCGAGUUGCUGCUUGCAUGCAGACCCGCAGGCGUGCGCGGGCCGUUGCUGGUGA